UAACAGAAGAAAGUGUUGGAGAGAAAUAAUAUAUUUUUGUAGUUAAAUACCUUAAAAUAGGGCGAUGAACGGCAAAUAAUUCUAAAAUUAUAAGCGUUCAUUCGCCAUACAAAGGUGCUUAUUUUAAAGUGAAUUAGUUCGUGUGUCUCAAGUGUCAAAUCUCGCACGUCCUGGGCAGUUUUGAAUGAGGAAUGAGCUUAAUCUUCUAUACUGGAUGAGCAAAGUUAACCAAGGAUAAGUGAAUUAGGUGAUGGAUGAGAACCCUCACGAUCUAUGCAUCAAUUCUAACACGAAGCAACUAGAAGAACAGAAUUCCACUAACAAUAACCUCAAUUCUUCAAUGUCGUCUUUGACUUAUAAAAAGUCCUCUCUGAUGUGCGAAGAUUUAAAUGAUGUCGCCAAUCCUUUCGAAUCGGCAACAUUUGACAGUAUGACUUCAUCACAACUUAGCCUAAAAUCCAGUACUCAUAAUUUAGAAAUGGAUAAGCUUAACGAGACAUUUGAGAAAUUAAGCUCACGCCAAUCAUUCAGCAACGAUAUGAGCUUAUCAGGGCAAGAUAUGCCUGAGAUGGACUCGCUGAAGGGCGAUGAAAAUGAUGAGAAUAAAUUUCAAUCUGGGGAAUUCUUUCAAGAUCCGAACGCGCUCGAUUUUUUGAUGAACAUAGGAAACUCCAACAAAAAUUCCCGAGAUUAUAGUAAAGAAUCAUUAUUUGUCAAAUUCGACCCCUUACUCGGUAAGCACGUCUUGCCCACAGGUUCUCGAAUAAUAAGCCCAGAGCAAAACAAAAAUUCCUUACCAUCACCUGGAUCGAACGAAAAUAGCGAAUCUCCACAUCAGAGCAGCACGGAGUUGUCAAAUGUGAGUAGUAGUAUGUCGGAUAAUAGUCAAAUUGAAAAGGAGGUAAAUUGCACGACUGUAGCCGCUUCAGAGACGGAACCCACGAAUAAUAAAUCUCAGCAAAAUACACCGACGAAAAAUUCGGCGAUCGAAGUACUCGACAGAUUGAUAUCACUUACGCCGACAGCGUCGCCUAAUCAGCCAGCUCCUGCACCAGAGCCAGUGAAAGAGGUUGCAAAAGUAGAUAAAGAAAAGAUGCAGUACAUAGAAGAACUCAAACAGCUCCGGCAGCUCAUUACAAAACAGGAACAAGAAUACGAGGAACUGCAGAAACAAUUAACAGAAGAGAAAUCAAAAGUUGAUAUGUUAUCUAAUAAAGAGCAGGCUCUUGUUAAGAGGAUAGCAGAGAAAACUAAAAUGGAGCAGCAAAUGGGAGUGGUUAUGAGUGAAUAUGAAAAGAAUUUGGCGCAAAUGAUAUCAGACCGAGAGCAGGAGAAGCAGAAAUUGGAAGAGCAAGUGCAGCAGAUGACCUCGGAACGUGAUGUGGCAAUGCAGCAUUUGUCUUCGGUUGAGAGUGCUUUCAGCGAUGUUCACCAGAAAUAUGAAAGGUGCAAAGUGGUCAUAGAGCAGUUUAAAGCUAAUGAAGAAACAUUGAAAGCAGACAAUGCAAGUUUACGAGAAUUGGUUAAGCAACAAGAUACAAGAUAUGAUACUUUGAAAGCGCAUGCUAUAUCCCAGUUAGACAAAGCCAAUGCUGAUCUUGAAGCUUUGAAGAGAAAGCAAGAAAUGGAAGUGGUAAAAUGUACAGCUCUGUUGAAAAAAGCAGAACUGAAAACAAUUUCACUGCAGGAAUCACUCACACAAAAACAGAAAGAAAAUGAGGAAUUGAUGGCUAUUUGUGAUGGUUUAAUACAAAAAGUAGGAUAGAGUGGGUCAUUCCUUAUAUUUUUAUAAUCCCAAUAGCUUUAGCUUAAUAACAGUAACAUGCUUCUGCUAAACCUGUUUUUACCAUUUAUAAGUUGAAGUUUUCUAAAUGGUAUGCUGUGAAUCAAUGAUUGAAGGAUACUUGAUAUGUUUUUGUGACUGAGACUUUGUAUUGAAAUAAUUUUAGAUCAUUUUUAAUUAAUAAUGUGUUAUAUG